AUCCUUUCUUUGGGUUGGACGAUAAAUCAAGAGAGGAGAGAAGAGGUCACACCGCCUCCGUCCAUAUUCUCGUCUCUCUCGGUUACCGACCUGGCGUCACAAGGAGGAGCGAGCGAGGGGUCAAGAGCAAUUCUCCCGCCAAUCUGUAGCUGACCAGUGACCUGGAAGUGCUACCAGAAGGAAAUUUUAAUACGAGUUUCUGUUUACUUAUGCUAUGCCCCUUAGUUGUGCUGCGUCAGAAUACAAAUCUUUAUUGCAAAAGAAUAGAACUCAAAAAAUUGUAUAGAUUUCCCAAAGACCCAUCCCAUUUUCUACUUCUACCUUAUAGCUUGUCAAAGACCAACAAGAGUCUAGUCUCUCGGUCUUGAGUCUGUCCCUCUCUGACUUCCCAGUGACGUUAAUACUCCCGACACUCUAAGUCAAUGGUUCCCAAAUUUUUUCAGCUUGGUACCCAAUUUAACAUGCCACAUAAAGCGGGCUACCACUUUCACAAAAUGGUAAUACACGUGUCCAAUACUGGACGCGUCAAAAUACAUUUGGCUUGCCACACACCUAGUUACAUAUUUCUUCUUUUUUAAUACUGUAUAGUAUUUUUGUGUAGUUUUAAUGUUUAUUGUUAUUUGCUUUAAAUUCAUUAUUUAAUUAUAAUAGAUUUAAUUUACACCUUUACAUACUUUACAUACUAAUCCUAAUGCCAGGUACCACAAUGUUUUCUUGAUUUCCAGCAUUCUUCACCAUCUUUUCCGUCACCCCUCUAUUACCCGCCAAAAAUGUUAAAUUGCUCCCAUGGGGUAAUUUAACCCAGUUUUGGAACCGCUGCUCUAAGUGUUCACGUGGAAAGAAUCUUGAUCAUGGAAAGUAAACUCUGGGAACCAGAUGUCACAAUGGCCCUGCAUCCCGAGUGUUGUCAUCUCUCUCCUGACGCGGCUGUACCUGGCGGUGGUGCGCUGCGUGUUUAGACUCCUCUGGGUAGCAUGGGGACCCACCAAGCUGCUGUUGCCACCCAUAGACGACCCGGCGUUGGUGCAGUCUGCCCGUACCUUGGCGCUCUGGAUACGACAGAGGAAGAGGAGCACCGUGUCCAUCAUAGAGGCAUUUCGACGGCGCAUCGAAGCAGUCAACCCCAUCAUUAACGCUGUCGUGGAUGAACGUUUCGAAGCUGCCCUGCGAGAGGCCCGGGAGGUGGACCGGCGGCUUGAUGCAUGCACGCAGGAGGAACGUGAGGAGAUCGGUCGCAUCCAGCCGCUUCUUGGAGUACCAUUCACUGCUAAAGAAAGCGUCAUGGUGAAGGGCCUGAGUAACGCCGGAGGGCUAGUGAACCGGCAGGGUAUGAAGGCCUCGCGGGACGCCGAGGUGGUGGGCAGACUCCGGGAGGCAGGAGCCAUUCCGGUUGCUGUUACCAACGUACCGGAGCUUGCAAUUUGGGUAGAGUCCUACAAUCUAUUGAAUGGCCGCACCGUCAAUCCUUACGACGUCAGCAGGACCCCAGGUGGAUCCAGCGGCGGCGAGGGGGCCUUGUUGACAUCUUGUGGCACUCCACUCUCUGUUGGGACUGACAUUGGCGGCUCCAUACGGAUUCCUGCGUUUUUAUGUGGCACCUUUGGCCACAAGCCAACGUCAGGCUGGGUGUCGCUGGACGGCACUAGACCAUUUCGGUAUGUGAAUGAAAACAGGAAAAUCUCAGUAGCUGGCCCGCUUUGUCGCUCGGUGGGGGACCUGGUAGUGUUCCUAGAAAGCGUGGCGCCUCGAGCGGCAGGUUUAGCGGCCAACGUGACGAACACGGACAUCGGGUCCCUCAACAUAUGGUGGAUGGACGGGAUGGAGUCCCCCUGGUGUCGCCCAACUGAACCAUCUUUGCGCGAGGCCCUGCACGAUGCCUGCCGCUACCUGCACCAAUCCUUCGGGGCAACCCUACGCCAGUUUCAGUGGCCGUUAGACAUGUCACGUACAGCAGAAGUCUGGUUGUCCAAAAAAAACAAUGAAGACAAAGACGAACCUCCCCUUGUCAGCGAUAUGAAGAACCGUGAGGGUUCUAUAAACCUGGUAGAGGAGUGGCUGCGGUGGAUGUGCGGGCGUGGGCGGCACAUCUUUCCUACACUGGUCUUAGCCUCUGGUGAGACACGUCCUCUUAAAUCUGACCGCCUCAGCUGGAAGAAUAUUCAGACAAGCUUUUUGGACAAGCUUGGCCAAAACGGUGUGCUGGUGGUGCCCGUAUUGCCCCUAGUGGCGCCUUUCCAUGGAGAACUUUUGUACUUCUGGAAAGACGUGAACCUCGCUCUGAUCUUCAAUGUCACUGAAAUGCCAUCCACCUCCGUCCCUCUUGGACUCACCAAGGACGGCUUGCCCCUUGGACUGCAGGUGGUGACAACCCCUGGGAACGAUCACUUGAGUCUGGCGGUGGCGGCGGCGCUGGAGGAUAAGUUCGGAGGAUGGGUCUCCCCGUCACCGGUCACCGUGUAGCACCUCGGCCCCGCGCAAAUAACCUGAAGGAGCCAAGUGAAUAAGCAGGGAGUGGAACUUCACGAACAUCUGAUCUUUGUUUCACUUCAGUAGCUGAAAUUGCCAUGGUUGUGAAUAGUGUUGUAUCAAAGAAUCAUUGACCAAACAUUACUUUGAAGAAAUUGAAUAUAGAUUAGUAAUGAAAUUUGGGCUCCUCUGACACAGUUGCAAAGUGUUUAAAAAUAUAUAUUCAUUAAGUGAUUUUUAAUAUUUUUUCCACAGCUAAGUAUUGCAUUAUUAUUAUUUUUUUUUUAAUUUCAUAAUAAACACAGGUUUCAACAAACAUUUGAUAAGACUUGAGCCAACAUUGUGUGUAUUCUUUUUCUCUUUAUUAACCCAAGACCUAAAGUAGGAGAAUACAAAGCAAUCAUUGUAAAUAAUCGUGAUGAAUUUUAUAACAGACCCACUAAGCCUGCACAUUUUUGGGAUGAUACGAUUGUGGGAGGAAUGGAUAUUGAGGAACAUUGUAAAGGAGGUACAUGGUUGGCUGCUUCCAAAGGGGGCAAAAUAUCUUGUUUACUUAAUGUGUUUCAGCCAGCCAACAGUUUUACAACUGGCAAAGUCUCAAGGGGUUUCUUGGUUGUUGAUUACCUGAACUCGUGCAAGAAAGGACACCAAUACAUGGAAGAGGUUAAAAACUCGGGAAAGAUAUACAAUGCAUUCAACCUGAUUACGUUAGAUCCUGAAGGAAACUCGUAUGAUGUUAACUUUUACAACAGUGAGUCAAAAGUGAUACAUCAGAUACAGCCUGGGUUCCAUGGAUUUGGAAAUUCCCCCUCAUGAAGCCUUUAAAAAAAGUGGAGAAAGGUAAAACGAUGUUCCAAGAUUUGGUUAAUACUUAUGGGGAAAAAGAACACGAAGAAAAGCUUAUUACCGAGUUGUUUACAAUGAUGCAAAACAAAGACUUAAACCUCCCUGACUCACAGCUAAAAGAACAGGGCAAAGGGCACAUUGAGUAGUUUGUUAAGAAACUUUCCAGUAUUUGGGUUUCAUGCCCGGAUGCCAAUUACGGCACCCGAACCACAACAGUCAUACUUGUGGACCAAGAGGAUCAGCUUGUGUAUAGAGAGCGAACCAUGCAGGAUCCUGUAAAUCCUAAAAACCCUGUGUGGGAACACAACAAUUUUACAUUUACUAUAGCUCCUGCAGAUUUGUGUUAAAACAUCUGACAGAAUGUUGUUAGAAGUUAGAGUAGAACAUAAUAUAUAUUUACUAAUGUAUACGUAUAGCGGCUCUGUAAUUAUGCAUAGUAUCUCACUUCAACAUUUGUUAUGACAGUUAAGCUUCGUAGUAACAUACAUAUCGAGGGAGACAUUUAUAUCAGUGCAGUGCAUCAAGCGACGGUACUACGCUGUAGAACUAAUAAGAAGACGUAAUAAAUUCAGUGAUGUA